AUGCAUAAACUUAAGCUAUAGUUUCUCAAUCAAGAUGUCGAACAUAAUUACAUCCAAGAGCACUAAUUUCCAAAAAGAAAAUUUUAUUUAAAAGUUUGCACAGUAGGAUUUCAAAUUUUGUUAAUUUUCAAGUUGAUCGUUUCGCUCAUUGAAGAAAAUUAUUCAGUUACUUACCCUUUACUCAUUACAUGGGGAAUUACAAUACCUUUUAUUUUAAUUCCUUCAAAAACUGAUAUUUAAAUACGAAUGACCAUUAUUUGCCUCAAUAUAAUUUAUGUUGUCUAUCUUCUAUUUUUUGAUCCCCAAGAAGAGGCUUAAAUAAUGUAUUUUAAAGGUUCCACUUAAAUGGCUGCAAAUAUAGUUAAUAUUUUUGUACUUGAAUUUAUAGAUUCAUCAAUCUUAAGUGUUGUGAUUCUAACAUUGAGAAUUAUCCAUCUUAGUUACUACAGUCUCAAAACAGAUUUACCUUCAAUUUUGUUUGGAAUAGGUGUUCAUAUAAUAUUAAUUUUAAUGAUUUAUAUUUACCAUAAGGCAUUAAGGUCUUAGUACCUUUUAACAAAAACUGAUCAAAGAUGGGAAAAUAUUUUAAAAUAAAUUGUCCAUGAUUAAAAAUUCAUCUUAAUCAAUUUUGACUAAGAGAAAAUUAAGUUCAUUAGUAUAACUUCUACAUUUUCAAAGAAAAUAUAAUCUUAAGAAGAAGUAAUAAAUUUUAUUCGUAAUUCAAAAAUUUAACACUAUACUUUUGAAUAGUAUCUUUAUAAAAACAUGAGCAAAUUUUAACAAAAUUUUAUAGACAGUCUAAACAAUACUAUAAUGGUAACUUAUGAAAGAUAAUUAUUGAAACUAAAUUUCUCAAUAUUUUUUGGAAAUCAGCCAACCAUAUUAAUUUAAAAAUGUAGCCAUUAAUAAGAAUAAAAUAUUAAAAAUUAUUAAAACAUAUCUAAAUUGUAUCUAAAUAUUAUUAUCUCUCUCAUAAAAAUUAUCAAAGAAAGGAAGAAGUUUGAUUCAUUUAAAUUUUAAUUAAUAGCCAAGAAAUUAUUCUUAAAAAAUCUAAUUUCAACCAUUUAAAAUCAAAAUUUUUCAUCCUAUAUAAUUAGCUUUAAAAGGCUUUUGAGCAAGAUUUACAUACUCAGCAACAAAAAAUAAUAAAUCUAAUUGUUGUGUUAAGAUGUAUAAUUCAUAACGAUUCCGAAAAUAUUCCAAUUAUUUUUAGUUUUAUUAAUUGAAUGUUCACAUAAUGAAAUUAUUCUGAUCCAACAUAUUAGGAUUGAAAACGAAGUCAUUACUAUCAAAUUUUGUAGUGCUUUUAACAUCUAAAAAAUAAAAGCAUAUGUAACUAAAUUAGAGUAUUAUUUUCUAUUGAUUUUUUAAAAUAUCAAAUAUGAUGAUGAUUGUACUAUUUAUAAUUUAUAAAAAGCUGUGACAGUUAAAUUAAAUUAAGAAAUAUUUGUACCAUUUAAGAAUUUAUCCUCAAUUAAUACAUCAGAAGACAUCCUACUUCCAUGA